AUGGCUCUCUGCGUAUCAUCACAACCGUCCAGCUCUGACCACCGCACAGGGCCGUCGCUCGCGUCGCCCGCCGAUAUGAUGCGCUCCAGCACCACCUCCGCUACCUUCGCCCGACAACACCGCUACCCUGCGCACCAGCCCUCCCCUUCCGGUUCGCCUCCUUCUCAAUCUUCCUCACCUGGCGGGUCCGCCUUGGGCACGCCUUCGCGCUUUUACCAAGCAUCAGCACUUCCGCCCUCGGGGGAUGCAAGUGAAACCCAACUUCCGCUGGAGCAUCAGGCGCACUCGUCCCUCAACGGUCCAUCAUUUGCGCCGACCUUCCUCCAGAUGCAGCCCCGCCGCCCCACGUGGCUCCCCGCGGACCAGCAGGACGAGCUGCUUGAUGACGACGCCCUGGCGGAGGCCCCCGUGCGCGGAACUGCGCGCGCCAUUGCACGCGGUGCCAGCUGGACAGGCUCCGCGCCUGCCCACGCGGCCUUCGGCGGGCGGCGUAACGCUGUGACAGGCGACGGGGGGCUGGGAGGAGAGCCGUUGAGCAGCGAGUCGGUGUGUCCGAUCCCCGCCGUCAACUGGAAGGAGGAAGCGGCGAUGUCGUCUGCGGUGUGCCCCAUCGCGCCACAGGACUGGCGCGCGCUCUCCCGCACCAGCAGCGCCAGCGCCAGCGAGCACGACGUGGCCGCGUCAUCGGUCCUCAGCACCGCCGCGGGUCUCGCCGGGUCUUGCGGCGGCUCACCGCCGGGGUCGCUAUCGUCGGCGGGUAGCUCGCCGUUGCACAGGAGUCCGUUGAACAGCGGCCCCCUGCAGAGCACGUCGUCAUGCCCGCUGCCAGCCGACGUGCUUUACGGCGCCGGGGCCGGCGGCGUGGGAUCCGGGCCUGCCUGUUCGGGGUUCAGCGCAAUUGGUGCUACAACCGCGUAUGCUAGUCCCGCAGCCGCGCGACCCGCCAUCAGUCGCAUGGCGAUGUCUUGCUCUAACAGUCGCCAGUCGAGUGGUAACUUCGCUGGCUACUCGCGAAGUUCCAACUGCAGCCCUGCUCGCGAUUCUACGCACGGCAGUGAAGACACGGGAUCAAACGGCGGCGUCAACUGGCAAGAGCUCGACGACCUGUGCCAGAGCAUGGACGCAGCAGGGAUUAAGAUAGAGCAGAUUGACCUCACACCCCUGGAAGACGCAUCAGAUGAUGCCCAUGGCCUUUCCUCUGCUGCUGCUGCUCCUUCCUCUGGUUACUCUGGGAGGAACUUGAAAGCCUCUGCUGCUCCUGAAGCUGGGGAAGGUGCUGCUCCUGUGAAGUAUGCUGUCAAGUUUGGUGGCAUGUCCAUGUGGCACUCACCUUCUCAUUAA